GAAUCGCGCGGAACGCUUAUUUUACGUUGUCAAAAACGAGGCGCCGUAUGAUUUAAUUCAAAAGUCACAAAGUUACGGGAACAUAGCCGUUUUUAUACGGCUGCAUUACAACAUUAUACAAUUCGUUGAUAUAAUCGAGACUUGUCAUACAGUACAGUUUCUAGUGGAUCUCACUGGAAUAGUGAUUUUGAUGAGUCUUACGUUAAUCCAGGUACUAACAAUCUCCAGUAACGGUUUCGAACGAACUUUUAGAUCUACCAGUGUUGCCGUUGCAGGACUGAGUUAUACAUUCAUGUCCUGUUAUAUGGGACAAAGAGUCACGGAUAUGAGUUCGAGUAUAUGUGAGAAAAUGUGA